GACAGGAUUUGUAAUUCUUUUAAUAUAAGAAGAGAUGUAAAAGUUUGCGAGUUAAAUGGAGAAAACUCCGGGCUAAUUGUAAAAAGUAAUCUUUCAGACCAUUUUUGUCUUGGGCCAGAUUCAUCUGCAUGCAUCAAAAAUCCAACAACGAUCUUAGACGAACAGUCGACGACGCCCAUGCCAGGCAUCUGCACACACAUGCUGAUAUCUGGGGACAUUUAUUACGUUAAGGAUGAAAACAUUACUGCAUCUGGGGCUCGUGAUAACGAUCACCUCCCGGAAAAAUCUAGACUAGAUUCAUCAGGUGUCUGGUCUCCUAGUGCAAAUGAUGUUAACCAGUGGAUACAAGCAGACCUUGGUGAAGUCAUGAUUGUAACAGAGGUGGUAACUCAAGGGCGGCAAGACUCUAAUGAAAUGGUUUCCUCAUAUAAACUCCUGUAUGGUGAAACUGAUGAUAAUUUGGAAGAGUAUGGUCAGAUCUUACCGGGAGGUACAGAUAUAAACGACCGUAUUGCGAACUUGAUAGAACCACCUGUGUUGGCCAGUUCGAUGUCGUCGGAUGCCCUAAAUAGAAUAAAGAUGCAGUUUUGUUACAGAUGCCACAAGUGCAAAUGAAUCUAAGUAUGACAUCAAUUGGUCUAAACAGGAACAACAUGCAAACGAUUUAUUGUUAUGGGUGAGGUUUUACAGAAGUUGUGACACCAUAACAAUACAGUUUUUAUGCGUAUCGAAUCCACACUUUGAC